ACCGAAUCGAAAAGUUGGAAACGUCUGAAGGAAAGGCUGAAGAAAGUCUCAGAAUAAGGACAGCUUUGAUCGGACCCGCUCACUAUACCCGCGGAUGCUCCCGUCGGUCAGGAUCCCUCUCUCCCCCGCGCUGUUUGGCAUUUGCUAGUCACCUUCUACAGAUGGCUUGUUUUGAAAGCAAAGAGAGGAGUUUGGAGGAGGACAGCUAUGAAGGAGCUGUUGGUGGAGAGCUGUCCAAUUGUGCCUUGGCCAUGCUGGAAAAGGAACGGGAGUCCCUUCUUAGCCCCUCAGAGGGUUCUGCCACCUUCAUGAGCAGCUCCUCCAGUCUUCAAGCUGCUGCGCCUCUUCAGGGCUACGAUGUGGAGUUUGACCCACCCCUAGAAAGUAAAUAUGAGUGCCCUAUCUGCCUCAUGGCUUUAAGGAAUGCCAUUCAAACACGCUGUGGUCACCGUUUCUGCAAGAGCUGUAUUGAGAAGUCCAUUCGCGAUACAGGACAGCGGUGUCCUGUGGACAACGAAGUUCUGUCAGAGGACCAUUUGUUCCCUGAUAACUUUGCCAAAAGGGAGAUUUUAUCAUUGACUGUUCGUUGUCCAAAUUCAGGCUGCACCGAUAAGAUGGAACUUCGACAUUUAGAGAAUCAUUUGGCACAGUGUCAGUUUGCCACCGUGCCGUGUCCGCAGUGCCAGCAGCCGGUGAGAAAGAGCGUCCUGGAGGAGCACACGACUGCCGAGUGCCUUAGGAGACCAAUGUCAUGUCCAGACUGUGUGGAGUACUUUGUUUUUGAGGAGAGGGAGCUGCAUGAGCAGCGCUGUCCUUUUGCCAGUAUCAAGUGCCAGUACUGUGAGAUGGACCUCAUCAGAGACCAGAUGGAAUCUCACUGUGAUACAGACUGCCCGAAAGCACCGAUAGCCUGUACUUUUAGUAUCUUUGGAUGCAAGGAAAGGAUGCUGCGGCACAACCUGGCCCAGCACAUGCAGGAGUUCACCCAGAUGCACAUGCGCUACAUGGCUGAGUUUCUGCGCGGCCUCAGUAUCAAUGGCACCACCCCCAAACCCCUGUGGACGCAAGGACCUUCUAUUUCCUCUGACGAUCAAGCAGCCGCAGCGUCGGCGUCGGGCUGCAGCGGGCCCAGAGGACCUGCGAGCUGCAGCGCCGCCGCCGCCUCAUGUCAGCCCUCCGAGGAGAUGCAGAGGCUCAGAGAGAUGGACGGACGGCUGGUGAAGCAGGACCACCAGCUGCGUGAACUCAUCAUUUUGAAAGAGACUCAGGCGGGUCAGCUUGCAGAGCUCAGGCGUAGGGUGUCGAUGCUGGAGGAGACGGUGAAGGAGCUGGAGACCCAGCAGUCCCACGGCCUCUUUAUCUGGCGACUCAAAGGUUUCUCCGCUCACUUGCGGAACCAAGAGGCGGGCCAGCCGGUGGUGGAGCACAGCCCCGGCUUCUACACGGGCCGCCCCGGCUACAAGCUGUGUCUGCGUUUACACCUGCAGACCCCCAACGCCCCUCGCUGCUCCAACUACAUCUCCCUCUUCGUCCACACCAUGCAAGGAGAUUUUGACGGCCAUCUCACUUGGCCGUUUCAGGGGACCAUACGGCUCGCCAUACUGGACCAGGGGCCGGACGGCCAGCAUCACAUGGAGGUGAUGGAGACGAAGCCGGAUCUCCAAGCCUUCCAAAAGCCUGUCAUUCCCCGCAACCCCAAAGGAUUUGGUUAUGUCACCUUUAUGCACCUAUCUCAGCUCAAUCAGAGAAAUUAUCUUAAAGAUGAUAAUUUACUUAUCCGCUGUGAGGUGACGCCACGUUUUGACAGCAUGAUUCACCGUGAAGGACCAGCGGUUCAACCCAGAGGGCCCGAAUCAUCCGUUUCAAGGGAGUAAAGUCAAACUCAUGUCUGAGAUUUUCAAUGGUGAUGUUUGUUUCCAAAAUGUCAGUUUUUCUUGUUAUAUUUGAAAUAAUGGAUACCGGAAGAAGAAAAAUUGACAUCACAAAAUUGACAAUAAUUGACAUUGUUUAAAAAAAACUGCAAUGUUAUUAAUAAUAUGUUUUUAAUCUGUUUUAACAGAUUUAGGGACAUUUCUCUCACUUGUGAGACAAACUGAUGCAUAUAUAUAUAUCUGCAGGAGCAGCAAAUAAUAAGUGCCUGAUACAUUUUUAUUCAAAGAUACAAUGUGAUUUUAUUUGGAGUGAAUCAUUGCAAUUUGCUACAGUUGUCGGUAUGUUUCCAUUUGUCGUUGAACUACUGUUAAUAUAUUACUGUUAAAAUGUAUAUUUGGCUCAAAUGUAUGCAUUACGUCAAGAAAGCAGUUACUCGUAAUCACACUGUACGAUCGCAAGUCUUAAGCCGUGAAUUAGACAAUAGAUGUUGUAAUUACAUUUAACCUCUUUUUGCCUUGUGGCAAAAAGUCUCUAAUAGUCGCAUCCUCGUCUUAUGUAGCUCUUGUGACAGAGAUUCACCAUGACUAGAGAUGCACCAGUCGCUAAUUUCUUGGCGGGAUUCUGAAUUUCAUUUUUCAUAAAGGUCUAACCUGCUGAUUCUGUUUCCAGUUCUUUCUAAAAACUAUAAUCGUCAGUGGCCAGUCCAUCAGAGGGAAACGUAUAGAAAACCCACACAGAAGGACUCCGGCCAGGCCCGGGAGUGGAACCAGGAACCCUCUAGCUGUGAGGCAACAGUGCCGGCUUGUUUUCCCUCACAUACCGUACAAAUGGCUCUAUUUCCACGCGGUUGGUUGAAAGGUUUUUAUAACGUGGAUGAUAUUCUUCACAGCCAGUCCAUCAGUGUGAUGUGUUCACUGAUCUGAACAAAAUAAGAAUUUCUUAAUUUCCUUGCUGUUAAAUUUACUGACCCUACUUUUCCAUGAAUACAAUGUCUUUAUGGACCAGAACUCAGAUCAGUGGUCUAACCGGCAUAUCGGGCAGUAUUGUUAUUGAUCACUGGUCGAAAUGGAAAAUGGACUCUAAUCGGCAGCCGAUCGAUUUGUGCAUCUUUAACCAUGAUCAUUCAUCAGUCAAAGGUCCAGAUCUCUUGUGUUAGAACUGAGUUAUUUAUAGGCUUUUGUCCAAUUUUCCUUCCUUAUGAAAACGCUUUAUACUAAUUUUGAAUCAUAUUUAUUUGCUUACGCAAAACUAGUUUCUUCAAAUUGUUUUAAGAGGUCAGAGUUAAAUCAUCUUUUCAUCUGCCUGCUACCGAAUACCACUGCCAGACUUUCUACCUAGUUGUAUCAGACGGCUGGAAAUCAAAGUGUUACAACUGGGAGGCAACUCUGAGCAAUGUGUCAAAGAUCAAGUUUAAUUGAAUCUUCUUAUCUUGUAAUCUUGUAGCAAGCACGAGGAUCCAAAUGAAUGUUGGUGAUGUAAUGUCCUUUCUGAAGAACUGUGGAGGGUGGAAAAUGAAAAUGAGAAGAAAAACCGUAAGGGGAAGAAAGCUAACUGGUGAGCUUUCAGGUACGGCCCUGGACUGGAUGGAAACAGUUUCAUCUCACUGUAAUGACGUCACAUCCGAAACGUAUGUUUAAAAGAAAAUAAUAAUAAUCAUUUGAUAAUUAGAGGAAGUGGGGCAAAACAGCCAAUUUCUGACCAUAGUUUGGCAUUUUUAUUGAAGAAAAAAAGUGAACUGUUACAACAACAUUGAAAAUUUAAAGAACUAAUUUCAAGAGUGCUCCAGGAGCCGCCGCCCGUAGGAGGUGAUUCACAACUCCAACCGAACCAAUCUGAUAGCAUCCGUCAAGGACAAUGACGUCCAGUGGUGUCACUGUUUUAAUCUAGGUCUUAUGAUGUUUGGGGUUGUUUUUCAGAGGAUUUAAGAAAGUGGAAGUGCAUAUGAUUGGGAAUUUGCAGCGGUAUGUUGGUCAUGUCGUAUUUUCGUGUGGGGGGUUUGUUUUUAUUGUUUUUUAUUUUACUGAUUGUGGGUUUAACUCGGUUUGCACAAAAACUCCACAGUGUGUCUUUUAUAAAAUCUGGUAAUGAGGAACAAAAUUCAAACAGAGUAUGGAUGCUAUCAGAAUUAGUUUUUGCAUGCCUCUAUUCUUUCAUCUGCAAAGAAAUAUUGACAGUGGAUAAUCUCAUUUUUUAUUGUGGGUACAGAAAAAUGCUUUUGACAGAAUUUUACAGCAUGUGUUUCAUUCAAAUUCCUGGCUAAUGUGACUUGGACAUCAGCAUUGAGUAAUCUAGAUGAAUAGCUCAAUCUUUAAUGUAAUGCAAUAUGCUUAACAUGAUGUUAUUACUAUGUUUUACUCUGGCUCAGUUUUGUUUCCACUGACAUUGUGAUGCCAUUUAUAGUAAUUUCAUUAUGUAAACCAUCGAUAUUGCCUUUAUCAUAUUAAUUUUGUGAGUUGUUGCCUUAAACUAGUGAGCUAUCACUGGUUCAAAUCUUCUCGAUGUGCUCUUGAAUCCUGUAAUUGUUGUAGAACAUUUACUGUCCUGUUCUAAAGAAACCAACAUUGUAUGCCAUUAAUCCACUUUGAAAAUGGUUUUGAAUCUAAGCAACGUGAUGAAACAAAUAAAUGCUCCAGAGUC